UCUUAAGAGGCUUAUUGCAAAGAGGAAGACAAAGACAUUAGUGUCACUUAUUAUCUACAGGCUACACGCAGGAAAGGCCCUGGGACUCAGUGAGGCACAAACAGGUUGUUAAGAUGGAGGAAUAUGAUAUUAUUGUGCUCGGAACUGGACUUAAGGAAUGUGUCCUAUCAAGUUUGAUGUCUCAAAGUGGCAAAAAGGUUCUUCACAUUGACAAGAACGCUGACUCUGGAGGAUCCAUUUCUCACCUCGAGGAGCUGUUCAAGAAGUUUAAGGUUCCAGGACCUGCUAAGUCAAUGGAACAUGGAAAAGCAUGGAACAUUGACCUCAUCCCCAAAUUCUUUCUCGCCAAUGGCGAGCUAGUGAAAAUCUUGGUGCACACUGAGGUUACUCGAUAUCUGGACUUCAAAGUUGUUGAAGGCAGCUACGUAUACAAAGCAGGCAAAGUGCACAAAGUCCCGAGCUCAGAGGAGGAUGCCAUGCACGCCUCAGAUCUGAUGGGCAUGUUUGACAGGAGAAGGUUCAAGAAGCUGUUGCUUUUUGCCCUGAGCUUUGACGUGAGAAACCCUCGGACCUGCCAGGACGUGGAUCCUAACAAAAUGACCACACGGGAUCUUUUCUGCCGCUUCGACCUGGGUCUAGAUGUCAUGGAGUUCACGGGUCACGCCAUAGCGUUACACGGCAGUGACGGGUACCUGGACCAGCCAUGUGGGGAAACCAUCAGACGGAUCAAGAUGUACUUUGAGUCUGUGUCUCGUGCCAACUCCAGUCCGUACCUCUACCCCGUGUACGGGCUGGGCGAACUACCACAAGGGUUUGCCAGACUGAGCGCAGAGUACGGAGGAACACUCCGCUUGAACAGAACAGUGGAUGAGCUUGUGAUGGACGAUGGCAAAAUAAAAGCUGUGAAGUCUGAGGGGAAGCUGUUCCACUGUAAACAGCUCAUCUGUGACCCGAGCUACGUCCCCAAUCGAGUGAGGAAAGUGGGGCGUGUGAUAAGAGUCAUCUGUUUAUUGAAUCAUCCAGUUAAAAACACCCACGAGGCUCAUUCUUGUCAAAUCAUCAUCCCUCAAACACAACUCAACAGGAAAUCUGACAUCUACAUAUCUGUAGUGUCCUACGCGCACAACGUGGCUGCAGAUGGGAUGUACAUCGCCACAGUGAGCACGACCGCAGAAACCAGCAACCCAGAGAAAGAAGUUGAGCCCGGGCUGGAGCUUCUCAGGCCCAUCAUGCAAGAAUUUGUUUCCGUCAGCAACAUGCUAGUUCCCAAUGAAGGCGGACAAAAGAGUCAGAUAUUUGUGUCUCGCUCGUAUGACGCAACCAACCACUUUGAGGCUGAAUGUGAGGACAUCAAAGACAUGUACCAGCGGAUAACAGGAGCUUCGCUUCGCUUCGGAGGAUCACAGAGACACCAGUCUCACAACUCUGACGACGAGUGAGAGACUUUCAACACCAGGAUCAAAUAAUUCAACAGCUGGGAGGCCGUAGUCACAAUGUGGAUGAAUACCCCGGCUUUAAUGCAGAGGUUGUGUUACGUAGCAGUUUGAGUGAAUAGUGACUAUACUGUCUAAAUGUUUGGGGUCUACAUUGUUUUAUCCAUUUCUCCUUUUUAUGAGAUUCUAUAAACUGUUUUUGGAAACAGUUUAUAG